GUUGUUGAUACGAGCUCACAAGUUCACUUCAUAAACGCUUGAGACAAUCGCUUUGUGAGAUGGAUACGCCCCCUUGUGCAGUAUUAACAAGAUAAAGGCGAUUUUAUUCACGAGUUAAUUGGGUUGUUGAUGUAUUCAAUGAUUGUGGUCAGUUUUAGGAAUACAUUUAAAAAAACAAUAUGGAUUUGUGAUUGCUAACCAUGUUUUGUGUAUGGAUUGGAUAUUAAAAUGUCGGAAUCUGGCAAUCAUCUAGACAAUCCUGUUAUUGUAAUUGACGGUGUUGAAGAUGAUCAAAUAAUACCAAAUAAAGCUGCAAAAGAAAAGAUCGACACGGGACAAGACAGUCAGACAAUAGAGAUAACAUCAGAAAUACCGGUUGCAAAAUCCCACUUAAUAAAACCACCACCGAAUGUGUCACCAAGAGUUAAACGCGAAAAUCAAAACGUUAGUAAGCCGGAAACCGUGACGCUUAGCAUUCCAACAGAGAAACAACAACCGUCGAAUGCCCCUACCUCAGCCACAAAGUCAUCCAAUGGUGAACCUAGUGAAAGAAGACGAAGACAUUCUAGCAGAGAUGAAGAUCUUAAACAUUUGACAGAAGAGAAACUUAUUCUGGCCCAAACACUUAUUGAAGAUGCAGAAAGCGGGAGAAAUUUCACUUACAAGACGGAUCCGAAUUAUGUUAGGUACUACAUUUUGUACCACCAGUGGUACUUCAGGCUAGCCCUUUAUAUUUGCAUCUUGCUGAACAUGAGUCUUGCACUGUUUGAGAAGCCAACUCGACCGGAUUGGGCUGUCCCAUAUUGGGGUUCGAUGAUUAUGGAGGCAUUCUGUAUAGCUUUCUUCAUUGUUCGCGUCAUCCACUUGUCAUACUUCAGUCAACCAAAUAUUUUCUGGCGAGACACCAAGAACCUCAUGGUCAUCGCCAUCAUUGCAUUGACUAUUAUCGACAUGAUAUGCUAUAUCGCCUGGGUGAACGCUGCCCCGGACACAAACCCUGUUCGAUGGUCCCGCCCCCUCAGAGCGCUGCUUAUCAUAAACUUCUCUGACGGCAGGCAGAUCCGUCGAGCCUUCCGGAACAUUCGCCGGACCGUUCCCGAGAUCAUGAAUGUGUUCAUAUUAUUCCUAAUGGGAGUUCUGCUGUUUGCGCUUCUGGCUCUGAAACUGUUUGGGCGAAGGAAGAGUCUCAAGUACCCUGAUGGUGAGCCGUAUUUCAAGACCUACUUCGACAGCGUAUGGGAUCUUUAUGUGCUGGUCACAACGGCAAACAAUCCUGAUGUUAUGAUGCCAGCGUAUGACGAGAGCAACUGGUUCGCCCUAUUCUUCAUGGCGUACCUGAUCAUCUGUCUGUACGUGUUCAUGAGCAUAGUGCUUGCCGUCAUUUAUAACAAUUAUAAGGAAAACAUGAAGAACGAGAUCAGAGAUUCUGUGUUCGGGAAGAGGAGAAAGUUACGUCAGGCAUUCAGUAUCCUGAAAAUACAAAGGAAUGGCGAGGACAUUAUUACAAGGCACAUUUGGGAAACAAUCAUGGCAAAAGUGCUGCCCACAAAAAGCAUACAGCAGAUAGAUCUACUAAUGACGAUAUUAGACAAGGAUGGGACUGGCUACAUAAGCAAGUCUGACUUCUUGAACUUGAUCAACCUUUUGCAAGUACCAGUUUCGGAGGUAAUGGACCGACAGACAUUUCUUGAAAAGAAGAUACCAGACAUAUACAACUCGAAAAUCAGUCGCUUUAUCAGAAUAUGUGUACGACACAAAUUCUUCCGCAUUUUCUUCGACGUUGCAAUUUUUGUAAACGCCUGGUUUAUUGGGUUUGAUUUAGACGUUGCUGAUUGGUUCUUCCUUGCCAUCUUCAUGAUAGAAAUUGUUUUAAAACUGUAUGUGUUCGGACCAAAAGAGUUCUUCCGCCGACUUUGGAACAUAUUCGACUUCUUAGUGAUAUUUGGAGCAGUGAUUGCCACAUGUGUCGAGUCGGUGGUUGGUGAAGUUGGCGAGGAGUUGAGUACACUUGACUUGUUGCUGGUUCUUCGAGUCAUGAGGCUGGUUAAAAUAUUAAUCAGCAUCAAGAGAUUCAAAUUGAUCAUUGUGACAAUUUACAACAUAGGACCUUCAAUUCUCACAUACGGCGGAGUUAUUUUCGUUCUAUACUACAUGUUCGCGAUCGUCGGCAUGGAGAUAUUCCACGGUCUUGUCCAGUUCUAUGGCUAUAACGAGUCUGAUCCCAGCCAGAUGUUCUGUGGCAACCCGAAACUCAACGGUACCGCCUUCUAUUACAACCAUUACUGCAACAACAACUUCAAUGACAUUCUCCAUUCGAUAGUUGUCUUGUUUGAGUUGACCGUAGUCAAUCAGUGGCAUGUUAUCUCUUCUGGAUUUAUAUUUGUGACAAACAAGUGGGCAAGGCUGUAUUUCUUAUCGUUCCACAUGUCCUGCGUAAUCAUUGUUCUCAACAUUUUCGUCGCAUUCAUUCUGGAAGCGUUCAUAUUGGAGUACAAUCUGCAAAGAUCGGGAAAAUUCGAAUCUGCCGUUGAAUCGAAGAUAAAAGAACUCGGCAUUGGCAUCGGGCAGCAAGCAAACACCGGCGCCAACAUAGGCCCACCGGAAGUAGACAAGUUGGAGCUGGUAAAUAACGAAGCGCAGGUUGACAAAAGUCCGCAAAUGUCUCGACGCAACAGCACUGCGGACAUCGAGGCGAACGAUGAGUCUGGUAGUGAAACCGAUAGCAUACCGGACCUUUCCAACGAGAAGGGUGUUAGAUUUCAUCUCAAGAAAAAGAGUCGUAAAACGGUCGAAGUGCUUCUUCAGCAAAUGUUCGAAGGGGAAAUAAAUCCAGAAGAUGACGGUGAUGAAAAUUCCUACAAUUUGAGACAACGCAAGUGGACUUUAGAAGCGGUCGCGUAAAUCUAGUGACGUUAAUCCAUGCAUUCAUUUUCCAUACCCAUCUAUAUAGUUGUGAUGGCAAUUUUUGCAGUAAGUAUUUAUUUAGUGAUACAAGAACAGAGAAUCGAAGCAUAUGAGAGUUAAUGCUAAUGGAUUUGCACUUUUAACAUUUUUGCUCAACCAUCAUCAGAGCCCACAUAUGAAACUCAAAUGACAUGUGCUGGUAGUUCUUGAAUGUGAACAAGUCCAUGUGUUGGUUGAGUUGAAUAAUUUAUUGUUGUUUUAGUUUAAAUACAUACAAAACGAACUUUUAUUUCAUGUAAUGCUCACUUAUAAACUUUCACCAACGCAUGAAUUAAGUUAAGUGAGACAUUUGUUUUGUUGUUUGUUUUUACACUUGCUUUAAAAACAGGUACAUACAUGUUUAACUAUUAUUUUAUAUAUAGUGUUAAUAAAUCAACGUUCACAAAGACGUGUGUUAAGUUUAAUGAUACCAAUCUUUUGCUCUUUGUUUAGUUCUUGUUGUUGAUACGUGUACAUACAUUUUGAACAAUUAUUAAGUGUUCAUUUAUCGAUUUUUUGCUAUUUACAAUAGCUUAUUUUAAGUGGAACAUUUGUAUGUGUGUAUGUGUGUUGAACUUGUUGUAGAUACAUAUUAAACUUUUAUUUUAAAUAUCAAAGUAUGAAAGGGAUGUGCAAUUUAAACAGUGACAAAAGCAUUGUCUCUAUACAGUGUUAAUCAAUCUGUUGUAUUAUGUAUGUGAUGUGUAAUUGUUCAGAUUUUCUGUAACAAAUGGAUUAUAUUUUAAAUGAAAGUAUUUUAGAAUGAUUAUCUGUAUUUUACAUAUGUUUACUAAGUUAACUAGAUGAACACGUUGCUAUCAACGUAUUCAUUGUGUCCAUUAUGUGCUAAUUCAUUUUACAUACCGGAGCAAAACUAUUUCAAAAUUGACUGAUUGUUAGCAAUAACGCCAAUUACCAAAUGCCAAUUACCAGUGUUUUAAUUUGGACCACAUAGUUUUACCAAAGAAAAUAGAUGCUCUGUUUACGCACUACCUUGCAAAAGAAGAAGAUAUACACAUGUGCCCCGAUUAAAAUUCCAUGUGCACGCACAAAAAAGAAUACAUGCGGCCUCAUCUUAUAACAGUCAUGAAAAAAAUACCGAUGCCUGGGGCGAUACGGACAUAAAGUGCUACCAGUAUUUACAGGUUUCGGAUCAUUUUCGGCAACACACAUUUCGGGCUUUGAACGGGAAGCUUCACUUGAAUCAAGAUUAAUGUUAUACGGGAAGGUUAUCUGAAGAUUGCAUUACUUUUCCCAUUCUGCGUACAUUUUUCUGUGUAAAUAAUACGUGUUAGACAUUAUAUAUUAAAGUUUUGAAACUAUUAUGUAACUGUUCACAUAAUAAAACUAUUAUUUGA